AUGACUGGAUUUCGUAACCAAAAAUGGGAUCCAUGGUUGAUCAUUAGUCAGAUAAUUGCUGUUCAAGCAAUAUAUUAUUUUGGCUUUGGAUUGUGGAUACUUCUUAUCACAAUUACUUUCAAUCGAGUACCAUCCCUUGAUUACUUUUUCUCCUACGAUACACUACAAUUGUCUAGUUGGAAUGGACGAUUUUUCUCUACUGUAUUUUUACUCAAUACAUUCACAGGGGCUUUAGCUAUUUUCUAUUUAGUUGGCAGUAUCCGAAUAUUUUUUCAUGGUAUGUUGUACAAUUUCUAUCAAUUGUUAUAA